GGCGCGGCGGCGGCGGUCGGUCGGGGCGCCCGGCGGGGUCCCCCUUGCCGUCGUCGGCCCCGGCGCUCUCCGCCUCGCUGGCAGUGCAGGUCGGCAGGAGCAGGGGCUGCCCUGCGGUCUGGGCGCUGAGCCGCGCGUGUGUUGCCCUUCAUCUUCUCAUAACCUCUGUUUUUUCCGAUUUUGAGUCAUCAUGCCAACAUUGGUAUUGCACUGGCAGUAAAUGGUGGGCAAAAUUGUUUUCCUGAGAGCAGCAGAAGAGCGUUUGUUGGUUCCAAAGAAUGGCUCAGCAGCAAGCACUGAGAUUUCGCGGUCCAGCUCCCCCACCAAACGCAGUCAUGAGAGGCCCACCGCCUCUCAUGCGACCACCUCCACCUUUUGGUAUGAUGCGAGGUCCUCCUCCACCACCUCGCCCCCCUUUUGGACGUCCUCCAUUUGAUCCAAACAUGCCUCCAAUGCCACCUCCGGGAGGGAUUCCUCCACCAAUGGGACCUCCACAUUUACAGAGACCACCAUUUAUGCCUCCUCCCAUGGGUAGCAUGCCACCACCUCCUGGUAUGAUGUUCCCUCCAGGAAUGCCGCCUGUCACUGCCCCUGGAACACCAGCAAUGCCCCCAGCUGAAGAGAUAUGGGUAGAAAACAAAACUCCAGAUGGCAAGGUCUAUUUCUAUAAUGCGCGUACACGUGAGUCAGCGUGGACUAAGCCAGAUGGGGUCAAAGUUAUUCAGCAGUCGGAGUUGACGCCGAUGCUGGCUGCGCAAGCCCAGGCCCAGGCGCAAGCCCAGGCCCAGGCACAAGCAGUAGGUGCCUCCACACCGACCACCAGUAGUCCUGCAUCUGCAGCGUCUCCAUCCACGUCCUCGAGUACUCAGUCCUCCACAACCUCUACCACAACCACAGCCACUUCAGUUUCACAGACGAUUUCCACACCUACCACACAAGACCAGACCCCAAGUUCGGGUGUUUCAGUUGCCACACCAUCAGUCAGUGUUUCAACCUCUGCUCCUUCUGCUACACCUGUGCAGACUGUACCCCAGCCAGUCCCACAGACAUUGCCUCCUGCAGUUCCUCAUGCAGUACCUCAACCAACUGCAGCAAUUCCUGCUUUUCCACCAGUAAUGGUACCUCCAUUUCGUGUCCCCCUUCCUGGCAUGCCUAUUCCACUUCCAGGUGUAGCAAUGAUGCAAAUAGUCAGCUGCCCGUAUGUAAAGACAGUCGCUACCACCAAGACCGGUGUCUUGCCAGGCAUGGCCCCUCCCAUUGUACCUAUGAUCCAUCCUCAGGUUGCUAUUGCUGCUUCACCUGCUACGUUGGCUGGAGCAACAGCAGUCUCUGAGUGGACAGAGUACAAAACAGCAGAUGGAAAGACUUACUAUUAUAACAAUAGGACUUUGGAGUCAACAUGGGAAAAACCCCAAGAACUGAAAGAAAAAGAAAAAAUGGAAGAGAAGAUUAAAGAGCCAAUUAAAGAACCUACAGAGGAGCCUUUACCAAUGGAGACAGAAGAAGAAGAGCCAAAAGAAGAACCUAUAAAAGAACUUAUAAAGGAGCCAAAAGAGGAAGAAAUGACUGAAGAAGAAAAAGCAGCUCAGAAGGCCAAGCCAGUUGCAACCACUCCUAUUCCAGGAACCCCAUGGUGUGUGGUGUGGACUGGCGAUGAGCGAGUUUUCUUCUAUAACCCUACCACUCGUCUUUCUAUGUGGGACCGACCAGAUGACCUAAUUGGAAGAGCUGAUGUGGACAAAAUUAUUCAAGAACCUCCUCACAAAAAAGGAAUGGAAGAAGGAAAAAAACUUAUUAGAGAAGAGCAUGAAUCUACAGAGGAAGCAAAUGAAGAUGAGCCUAUUAAAAUUAAAAAGCGCAAGAAAGAUGAUAACAAAGAUAUUGAUUCAGAGAAGGAGGCUGCUAUGGAAGCUGAAAUUAAAGCUGCUCGAGAGAGAGCCAUUGUCCCUCUGGAGGCUCGGAUGAAACAGUUCAAGGACAUGCUUCUAGAAAGAGGGGUCUCUGCUUUUUCAACAUGGGAGAAAGAGCUACACAAGAUAGUUUUUGAUCCUCGUUACUUACUUCUCAACCCGAAAGAAAGAAAACAGGUAUUUGAUCAGUAUGUGAAAACCCGAGCAGAAGAAGAGCGCAAGGAGAAGAAAAACAAAAUAAUGCAGGCCAAGGAGGAUUUCAAGAAAAUGAUGGAAGAAGCAAAGAUUAAUCCAAGAACUACUUUUAGUGAAUUUGCAGCCAAGCAUGCUAAAGACUCGAGAUUCAAGGCAAUUGAAAAGAUGAAAGAUCGAGAGGCCUUGUUUAAUGAGUUUAUCACAGCGGCAAGAAAGAAGGAAAAAGAAGAUUCGAAGACCAGAGGUGAGAAGAUCAAAAUGGACUUCUUUGAACUACUGGCUAAUCACCACCUGGACAGUCAGUCUCGCUGGAGCAAAGUGAAGGACAAAGUAGAGACUGACCCCCGUUACAAAGCAGUGGAUAGCUCUUCACAGAGGGAAGACCUUUUCAAACAGUACAUAGAAAAAAUAGCUAAGAAUUUAGAUUCUGAAAAAGAAAAGGAGCUGGAAAGACAAGCUCGCAUUGAGGCAAGUUUGCGUGAACGAGAAAGGGAAGUCCAGAAAGCUCGUUCAGAGCAAACCAAGGAAAUUGAUAGAGAACGUGAGCAGCACAAACGGGAAGAAGCUAUACAAAACUUCAAAGCGCUUCUAUCUGACAUGGUGCGUUCUUCAGAUGUGUCAUGGUCUGAUACCAGAAGGACUCUACGUAAAGAUCAUCGAUGGGAAUCUGGCUCCUUGCUAGAAAGAGAAGAGAAAGAGAAGCUCUUUAAUGAACACAUUGAGGCACUUACCAAAAAGAAGAGGGAACACUUUAGGCAACUUCUGGAUGAAACUUCAGCGAUAACUUUAACAUCAACAUGGAAAGAAGUGAAAAAAAUCAUUAAAGAAGAUCCAAGGUGCAUUAAAUUUUCUUCGAGUGACAGGAAAAAACAAAGGGAGUUUGAGGAAUACAUUAGAGACAAAUACAUUACUGCCAAAGCUGACUUCCGAACACUAUUGAAAGAGACCAAAUUUAUAACGUACAGAUCCAAAAAGUUGAUCCAGGAGUCAGAUCAGCAUCUGAAAGAUGUAGAGAAGAUACUACAAAACGACAAGCGAUACCUGGUACUUGACUGCGUACCAGAAGAGAGACGCAAACUCAUUGUGUCCUAUGUAGAUGACCUGGACCGUCGAGGCCCGCCUCCACCACCCACAGCUUCAGAGCCUACAAGACGAACAACAAAAUAGUUAUGAAAUACUCUUAAGCCAAGAGUAUCUAUUAAAUCAAAAAGCUUGCAUGAGCCAUCUGUCAGGUUUAUACAUAUACAUUACCGUGAAUAUAUUGCAAAACCAUCUGAGGAGCAGAGGAAGAAGCAGCAUUUGUGAACAUAAAAUGGUCUCAGGGCUGGGAGAAGGGGGGAUGACCAACAACAAAAAACCCACAUUAAAGGUAUUUAUGAGUUUCUUUGGGGCAUGACUGACAAAAAUCCGAACACGUGGGCUGUGUUUGGUAACUUCAGAUCUCAGAGCAAUGCAGUAUCUGUAUAUGAGGUGUGAGUGUCUGAUAUUUGGAGGCGUUCUUCUCAGCAGUGUCACACAUGUGAGUCUUAAGGAUGAUCACGCUUGUGGUUUGAACUUGUACUACGUGUGUGCCGCCAGCCUCCUAAUGGUUACCUGCGGUCCCUGGCUGAGGAGGUGAAAUGCUGUCUGAUAGCUUAAAUUAUUGAUUACUGAAGACCGCGUUCUGGAAACACAAGUCCCAAUUCUCUGCUUGCUCUCACCCUUGUAAAUGGAACUAAAUCCAUUAAAGCCAGAGUUAGAACUGAGAGAGGAGAAUUAUAACUAAGAGACCAAAUUAAAUUUGUUCACAGGUCUGCUUUGUUCCUUACCCUAUCCAUGAAUUAGAAGCAAAAUCAGGUUGCUCUGCCCAAGUGAAGAUUUAUCUAGUAAUUUUUACUCGAAGUUGGAAACACUUGGUAAAUAACAGUGGUUACUGGAGCAGAACAGGACGGUUGUAUAAACACAUUUUUAUUUACGAUAAAGUGAUCUUUACAUACUUCUGGAUUAGACUGUGGAUUUCCCCUCUGGGCAAUUCUUGUAAACUAUACUCCUGUUUUGAAUGUUAAACUUGUGUUUCUAAAGUUUAAUUUUGAAAUGUUGGGAUUGUUCAGUUUAUGUAUUUGAACUACAAUAAACCAACCCUUUUUAUA